GCUAUGUUUACUAUAUUAUUGUAAAUUAGGACAUAAGUCUUUAUAUAUAUCUGAAAGCUUCGCCUUGUAUGAGUGAGACAGUGGCUGCUUCCCACAUAUCGAGACAAGGCUGUGGAUACUUCUGAUUCGCUUGGCUGAAGAAGCCGAAAUCUGGGGUUAGACUUUGAGCCACUUCCAAGUCUUUGUCCCUUGCGUCGCUGGACAUUUCACACGGCUGAUGCCGCAACAGUUCAUCCGGGGAAUGUACGCCCCAAAGGAGGAGAUAGCAUCUUUGCUACCGUUCUCUUCAGCAACAACAGGCCAGUCUUCCAAAUGGAUUUCCCAAGUGGCCUUAAUCGCAGAUAUGCUUCCCUUGCUGGAAGUCUACUCGCCGGCAUCUGGCUCUGGGUAGCCUUCGAUCGUCCUUACGUUUUCCCCGAACAUGUCCCUUGGAAUAUAUAUUCGAAUAGCCCGCAAUCACCUUCAAGCGACGUCUUCGAUUUCCCUCCUCUCACAUCUCCUGCGAUUAAGAAUGUAUGCGCGAGGACGCAAUGGAAUGCGAGCGUUGUCUUCACAUGCGAUUCACCAAUUGGCAGCUUCGCAGAAAUUCGAAACUCUGUCCUGCAUUGUGUUCGAUAUACGAUCGCGGCUGGGGGAAGUCUUGUUAUGCCUCGGAUAGUGUUGAAAGAGGACUAUGGUGGUCUGUUGGCCGGAAACACAACUGGUCUGGAUCAUUUGUUUGAUGUGGAUCAUUUCAGGAAUUCCCUCGAUUUGUCGUGUCCUCAAUUGCGACUUUACAAGAGUGUAUCUGAGAUCAAGGACAAAGAGCGUGCAAAUGGGCCGUUGCCUCUCUUACCGGAUGCUCUGCUCAGUGGGAAGUCCGAAGGGAGUCAAGGUUUCUCUGUGGAUUGGCGAGAUGCGCUCAAUAUAUGGUUGAAGAAAUAUCUCUCUGAAGACACUAAAGAUCCAGUCAUCAUCUCACUUGGACGCACCUAUCUUCAUUAUUCCAUCCAUUCUGACGACGAUAACUUUGCUCAGCAUUUUGGCAAGAUCCUGAAGAUUCGCUCAGAUGCUCGGAGUCUGGCAACAACGGUGCUGUUGAAGAUGUCGAGCACCUACUCUCUACCACUCAACCCGAGCCCGUCAAAGAAAGGCUUCAUGGGAGCCUACCUAAGUACAGCGCCAGAUCCCGACCGUCUUCUAAAGGAAGAUCAGAACUAUGCUCGCUUCGAGACACAAUCCAAGCUUUACCUUGAUUAUGCCACACAUUCUAACAUGUCACUCAUCUACGUUGCUUCGAAUCAAGGCAUCGACGUCCCAAGAUUAUUUGUCGAUGCCAAAGCUCAAGAAAUCGACGUAACGGCCAAGUUCGAUCUCUUGAAAGGCAAAGACAGGGACUAUUUGCUAGAAAUGACAACUUUGCAACGAGAAAUGGUCGACUUGUUGGUUAUGAUGAAUGCAGCUCAUUUCGUAGGAGUUGGCUACUCAAGCUUCAGUUGGAAUGUUGCCUUGAGGAGACAUGGUGCCAGGAAGAUAGAGCAAUUGUCGGAGCAGGGGCAGCAAUUCAAUGAUGGUCUCAGUGUGAUAUACGGGACGACUGGAGGACAUUCGGAGUUUAUCACGAGUAUGUGGCCUUGAUCGUGAUUGUUCUGAUAGCCAGC